CCAUGAAGAUUGCUCUGCAGCACGGUGACCGACCUCUGCAGGCGCUCUGCCUCCUAAACUUUGCAGACAUUCAUCGCUACAGGCAUGCUGUUGAUAAAGCAUUGCCUCGAUAUGAUUCUGCUCUGGCCAUCAUGACUGAGAUCGGAAACCGCCUCGGGCAAACACAAGUGUACCUGGGAGUUGCAAAGUGCCAGCUUCUGAAGAAAGAACUUGAUAAGGCUCUUGAGUCUUUACAGCGAGCACAGGAGUUGGCAGAUGGAAUGGGAAACAAGCUGUGCACCCUGAAAGUCCACUGCCUGAGCGAAGGAGUCUAUCAAAGCCGCAAGCAGCAGGAAGAAGUCAGGGAGCAGGUGGUCAAGUUCCUGCAGUGCGUGGAGGAGCUCGAACUCUAUUGCGGCAUUUGUGGAGAGUCUAUCGGGGACAGAGACCAAAAACUGCAGGCCUUGCCCUGUUCCCACAUCUACCACCUCAAGUAGGUGUUUGUUUUCCACUAGUAUUAUUUGUACUACUCCUCAAACAGCCAAAUAGCUACAAUCACUUCUGAGAAAUACAGACCCUUUCU